GUACAAACCAACCCAUACAUGCAUGCAAGUUGGGUUAAACUACGCCCAAUGGCCCUCAAUCAUGAUAAUGUGAAGUCAGAAGUAGCCAAUUUCAGAUGCAAACUAGCUAAAAAUUUCAUAUUGUUUUCUUGCAAACAUAUGCUAACCCCAUGUUCUACAACAAAUUAAACGUGCCCUUGUUGCUCGUUUUUUAAAAUUAUGUUACCAUAAAAGAUUACAGGCCCCUCUCUCUCUCUCUCUCUAUAUAUAUAUAUAUAUACACAUAUAUAUACAUGUAUGUAUAUGCAUCUUCCCAGCUGAAUGCGCAGUCGAAAGCUAUCAAAAAUGUCGUCUUCUUCUCUCAUUACCACCUUAGUUCUGCUCUCUUUCAUUUUUGUGCAGUUUUCAACUCUUGUACUGUGCUCUCAAGCAACAACACUUUUCAGCCCAAUCAAGAAAGAUGCAAACAGCAACUUGUAUACCAUGUUACUUUACCUGAAAACCCCUCUGCAGCCCUCACAAUUACACAUAGACCUCGGCUUCUACCUCCCCUGGUACGACUGUGCCCGCCACUACAAGUCCUCUUCUUACCAGCCUGUCAUCUAUAAUUCUUCUCUCUGUCUAGACCUCGACACAAAGGCCUAUGGCAACUGUUUCAAUAAACCCGGUCCAGGUUGCUCCAACGACACCUGCACCUUCUUCCCUGAGAACCCCGUUACCGGGAAAGGUGGCCUGGGCGAGAUCCUAACCGACAGAUUCACCUUGCCCACCGCCAAGAAUCCGGCUCAGCUCGGGGCUGUCUCUCAGAUCGUACUUUCUUGCACUCUCCCCAAUAAAUAUUCCAAGAUCUAUCGUGGUCUAGCCAGAGGAUCGACCGGUUUAGCCACUCUGGGCCGGUUCAACUACUCUCUUUCUGCUCAAAUCAGCCGGGGCUCCUCUUCUCCAUGGAUAUUCGCAUUGUGUUUGCCCAGUUCGUCAAAUGCUUCGGGUGUAGCUCUCUUUAACUCCGCCGGUCCGUACAAUUUCUCUCCCAAAAUCGACGCUUCAGAAUUGCUCACUUACACUCCACUCAUCUCGGGCCCACGAGGAUCCGACACAAAGAUCUUCUACUGGUACAAGUCUCCGGAUUAUUACAUAGGGCUGACUUCAUUUAGAGUAAAUGACAAAGUCGUGCUUUUGAACCAGACGCUUUUAGCCAUUGAUGAGAACGGACUUGGAGGGACAAAACUUAGUACAUCUAAGCAAUACACAGUGCUGCAAAGUUCAAUCUUCAAGGCUUUGACAGAUGCAUUUGUGAAGGAAUCUGAUGCCCUCAACCUGACCCGAGUCAAGCCUGUGGCGCCAUUCAGUGUGUGUUAUGCAGCAGAUAAGAUUUCAAGCACCCGCGUGGGUCCAGCAGUUCCAGCCAUUGAUCUUGUGUUGGGGAACGAUAAAGUCUUGUGGAGAAUCUAUGGAUCGAAUUCAAUGGUGAGGAUGAAGAAUGAAGAUGGGGAGGCAUGGUGCUUGGGGUUUGAAGAUGGUGGGGCUGACCCCAAGACAGCAAUUGUGAUUGGAGGACAUCAGCUGGAGGACAAUUUGAUGCAGUUUGACUUGGAGCGUGAGAGAUUGGGAUUUAGUUCAUCACUUCUGCUGCGAAGCACAACUUGUGGCAAUUUCGGCUUCAAAGCCAAUUGAUUUGUUGUACGUGUGUGCUACACUUAUUAUAUAAUUAAUUUAAUUUUAAAUUUAAGUAAAAAUUUCUCCUAAAUGAUAUUAGUGCCCGGAUGAUGUCCGAAGUGCUCCAGUUUCUAUAUACAUUAAUGUUGAGAGAUUUGAAAAAAUAAAGCGGCUUCCAAUUUUGGCAU